CCCGCGAUCUUGACCGCAGCCUUGGACCAUUCGGGACCACACCAUCCAUCGGACCUCACCGCGGCAAGGUAGUGACUCCUUCGCUCUUCUCCGUAAAGCGGGCGCUAGAGCACCACCGGGCGACCCACCACUCGGCCAUUCGGCGAACCCCUCACAGACGCCGAAGCCAACGAUUCGCGGUUCGCUGGAGCCUAACCUGCAACCUCGACCUAAACACCCCCUCCAUCGCCCUGCGUUUCGGGGAGAUUGCCUCCUUGCUUCAUCCAGCCAAGUCACAAUCUCUCGUCGCUAGGCCAGGCCCGCAACCAUGGGCAUCUCCAACCGACUGCCGCAGGAUUUAGAGGAGGUUGAUGUGAUAAUCGCAGGCGGUGGGACGGCAGCAUGUGUCAUAGCAGGCCGCCUUGCGGAGGAGCUGGGCCCGGAUGUGAGCAUCCUCGUCAUCGAGCGAGGCCGUGACAACUUUGAUGUCCCCCACAUUAUCCACCCGGUGUUUGCGCCCGCCAAUCUCCUGCCCGAGAUGAAGACGGCGAUCUUCUACAAGGGCCGCAAGUCCGAGGAGCUCGGCGGGCGCGAGCCUAUCGUCGCGAGCGGCGGCACGCUCGGCGGCGGCUCGUCCAUCAACUUCCUGUUGUAUACUAGAGCCCAAAGGUCGGAUUUUGACGCGUGGAAAGCUCCCGGCUGGAGCACAGACGAGCUGCUUCCGUUCUUGAAGAAGCUAGAAACCUACCACGGCCCCGGGUCCCCGGCGGUGCACGGCUACGAGGGCCCCGUCCAAAUCUCUAGCGGCACCUUUCGCUCCGAGCGGGUCGAGGCCGAGUUCCUCGACACUGCAGCCAGUGUCCUCGACGUGCCCCAGAUGGUCGACCUCCAGGACCUCGACUCCAACGACGGGGUCGGCAAGUGGCUCAGGACCGUCUCGCCGGUGACCGGCCGGCGCCAGGACGCCGCGCACACCUACCUCCACCCCAAGCUGCGCGACAUGGACACGGGCCUCCCCACCAACGACUACCCCAGCCUGCACGUCCUGACGGAGCACCUCGCCGUGCGCGUGCUGCUCGAGGACCGCGUCGACGCCCACGGAGCCGCCUCGAAGCGGGCCGUCGGCGUCGAGCUCACCCCGACCCCGGAGUUUCUGGCCGCCGCCGACGGCGGAAGCAGCGGCCUCCCGGCCACGCAGCAGCAGCCCCGCGUCGUCCGCGCCCGCCGACAGGUGGUCGUGUCGUGCGGCGCACUCGGGACGCCCGCCACCUUGGAGCGCUCCGGCAUCGGGGCGCCCGUGGUGCUGGAGCGCGCGGGCGUGCCGCUCCAGGUCCCGCUGCCCGGCGUCGGCGCCGACUACCAGGACCACCACCUCAUGAUCUACGGGUACGAGUCGGCGCUGGAGGAGCGCGAGACGGUCGACUCGCUCCUGUCGGGCAGGCUGGCGGCGGCCGACGCCGUGCAGAGCGGGCGCCUCGGGUGGAACGGCUACGACGCGUGCUCGAAAAUCCGCAUGAAAGCGGCGGAUGUGGCCUCGCUCGGGCCCGACUUUGAGACUCCUUGGAACCGGGACUUCGGCCACGACUCCAACAGGCCCGAUAUGCUCUACGUCGCACUGGCAGGACAUGUGCAUGCUGCUAUGCUUCCCAAGGGCCAGUAUCUCGCUCUGGGGACGUACAGCGCCUACCCAUACAGCCGCGGAUUCGUCCAUAUCAGCGGGCCGUCCGUGGCGGACCCGCUCGACUUCGAAACGGGCUACUUCAAGGACGAGCACGACAUCGACGUCAAGAAGAUGAUCUGGGCAUACAAGAAGCAGCGCGAAAUCGCCCGCCGCAUGCCCUGCUUCCGCGGCGAGAUCCCGAGCGGUCACCCGCCAUUCCCGCCGGGGUCCAAGGCGGCCUGCAUCGGGCUCGCGGCCGCCCCGGUGGCGGCCGAGGUGCGCGACGUCGAGUACGACGCCGAGGACGACCUGGCGAUCGAGCGGUUCAUCCGCGAGCAGGUCGCGACGACGUGGCACAGCCUCGGCACGGCCAAGAUGGCGCCCCUCGAGCAGGGCGGCGUUGUCGGCCCCGACCUCUCCGUGCACGGCGUCCAGGGCUUGAAGGUCGCUGACCUGAGCAUCCCGCCCGAGAACAUCGGCGGGAACACGUGCAACACUGCCUUUGUCAUUGGGGAGAAGGCUUCCGACAUCAUUCUGAAGGAGAUGCGUGCGGUGGCGGUCAAGUCUGGAGCAGUAUAA